ACAGCCGUAUGCUUUACUCACAUUUUUACGUAUUGUCACUGAUUUUAUUUAAGUUAAUAAUUUCCAAUGGGGAUUUCUUUAAGAAUUGAUUAUGGUCCAUAUGAAGCUUUCGGAGUAAUCGAACACAGGAUACAGAAAGUUCGUGGCUUAUUAAAAAGUCUGAAACAAUUAGGAUACGACGUAGAAGUGCGAGAGGUCAGUCUUCUGAAUAGAUUAGAAAUUGUGAUGUGCUGUAGAAAAAUCUUUCAAUGCGACAUUAGAAAUCUACGAUUCAAUAUGGAAUAUGAAGAUGAUCCGGUGUGCAGAAAGGCAGUUGCCGUAGUUGAAGAAGCAGCAAACAGAAUGAAAACGGAAAUGAAUUUGUCGGAAUACGCAACAGCAACAAGAGAAUCAGAAACAUCUGGUAUGGAAUUCAAUGAUAUCAUUGAACAAUAUGAGGAUAAGGGUAAAGAAGACAUGUUGAAAUUAGGUAAAGGAAAGAUUGAGAAAGAAUCGGAAAAACGAGAAAGCGAUGAAGAAAGCGAAGAGGAAGAGGAAGAAGAAGAAGAGGAACAAGAAGAGGGAGAAAAGCCAUUUAAAAUUCGUGAUACUACUAGACGCCAUAGAGAAAUAGAACGAAUAGAGUCGAAAAAAUUGGAGAAGUUUCUCAUGGAAAGAAUGCAGAGUACUCAAAAAGAUGACUUCAAAUUUUAGUACCGAAAAUUCAUUUAUCACUUGUGUAAUAAUCGAAUUAAUGAAUUAUAUUAAAUUUGUAGUUCAAAUAGUAUGUGGAAAGUUGUAUAUUAUACAUACAUAUGAAUCAGUAUUGAUUAUAAUCCAGU